GCUAUUAUUUGUCGAUUCAUGAAUUUGGGUUUGCCCUCACAGUACAAAGAAUUCGAGGUUGAAGGGAGUGUUUAACAAAGAAGGUAGGAGACAGGGGAGAUGGCUAUUUUGACUACUGCUCUUGUGCUUCCGUCUGAGCUCAAACCUUCUUUCUCUCAACAUCAAAUUUCUCUCUUCGUCUCUAGAAGAAGACUUAGGAAGAGUCACCCUGCUUUUCCUGUUGCAAGGCUGUUCGGUCCAGCGAUUUUCGAAGCUUCAAAGCUUGAAGUUCUGUUUCUGGGAGUGGACGAGAAGAAUCACCAGGGGAAGCUUCCUAGAAUUUACACGCUUACGCAUAGUGACAUGACAUCUAAACUCACUCUGGCUAUAUCUCAAACUAUAAACAACUCUCAGUUGCAGGGGUGGUACAACAGAUUACAGAGAGAUGAGGUGGUGGCUGAAUGGAAGAAAGUGGAAGACCAGAUGUCUCUGCAUGUGCACUGCCACGUGAGUGGAGGCCAUUUCCUUUUAGAUUUGUGUGCUGAACUUAGAUACUUCAUCUUCUGCAAAGAGCUUCCAGUGGUUUUGAAGGCUUUUGUUCAUGGAGAUAGUAACUUGUUCAAUAAUUACCCAGAAUUACAGGAAGCUUUGGUUUGGGUCUACUUUCACUCAAACCUCCCAGAAUUCAAUAGAGUGGAAUGCUGGGGGCCGCUCAAUAAUGCAGCGGCGCCUCCUCCUGCUGCCGCUGCUGGUGGUGGUGGCGGUGGGGUUGAGGGACAGCCGAACAUGAGGCAAGUGGAACCAUCGAGGCCAGAAGAGCCAUGCAUUGAGAACUGUACAUGUUGCUUCCCAUCAAUGAGCCUCAUCCCAUGGUCACAAGAUCUCGCCCAUGAAAAUACUCAUGAUACCCAGAAGCGCUUACAGCAGCAAAUCUGAACUGAUGACCUGACUCUAGAGUCUGGUUGUUGCUAUUCAUUACUUUCAAGCACUCGAGUUACUGCCGUAAAAUUUGUUGUAAAAUGUAAAUAAAAUUUGGUGUUUGGUAGGAGGGAAGGACAGUGGAAAUCGACAUCUUGUUUCUUUUCUCAUCCAUUCUCAUAUUUGGAUACAUUAAAUAAAUGAAAAUAAAAUGAUUCACGUAGAAAUGAA